CCCCCCACCCCGCCCUCCCGGUCUCGUGCUCGGCUGUUCCCGACCCGUCUACUAUGAGCGCAAUGCGUGUGGAUGCCAAAGUGGUGAUGCUGGGAAAGGAGAGCGUGGGGAAGACCAGCCUGGUGGAGAGAUACGUCCAUCAUCGCUUCUUGGUCGGCCCGUACCAGAACACGAUCGGCGCCGCUUUCGUUGCCAAACCGAUCCAGGUUGGAGAGAAAGUGAUUACCCUGGGAAUAUGGGACACAGCUGGAUCCGAGCGCUACGAAGCUAUGAGCAGAAUCUACUACAGAGGAGCGCGAGCCGCCAUCGUCUGCUACGAUCUGACCGACAGCAGCAGCUUCCAGCGAGCUCGGUUCUGGGUGAAGGAGCUGCAGAACUGCGAGGAACACUGUAAGAUCUACCUGUGUGGAACCAAGAACGACCUGGUUGAAGCCGAUCGCAGCAUUCGUCAAAUCGACUACCAUGACGCUCAGGACUUUGCUGAAGAGAUCGGUGCGCAGCAUUUCGAGACCUCCAGUAAAACGGGAAAUAACGUGGAUGACUUGUUCCAGAAAGUCGCCGAGGAUUACAACAGCACCGCCUUCCAGUAUAUGACCGGUGAGUGUUUCCUUCACGCACGCUCAGCAGAGGAAACCGGCGUCGACUUGGGCCAGAAGAAAGACUCAUAUUUCUACUCCUGUUGCCAUAACAACUGAUGCUGAGCAACCGGGGAGGGAAACAAGACGCGGUCAACUUCCCUCUCCGACUGGGAGUAAAACCUGGAAAUGCUGGAUGGAUAACUCUGAUCCAAGGAAAAGAAAUGAAGCAGGAAUGUUUAUACUUUGUUAGAUAAGUUUGUUUCUUUUUGUGCCAUAAAGAACUGAAGAGGAUCCCCUGCUGUCGCUGGGCGGGUUUAAUGCUUCUCGCCCAGCUGUGUGUCGUGUUUUAUCCUCUCAUCAGCUGUUCCUCUGAGCUGGAAGUGAACAUAUCCCCAAAAGCUGCAGUGUCAAACAAUCUAAAGCAGGGUGACCUCUGCGUUGGCGAAGGAAAACGGCGACCCCGGCGGACUCGAUCGAGGCUGAUUGUUGUUGUAGCGGCUGCAGUGCUUCAGGAGGGUGAAUGGGUUGUUUACAGCGUUUUUGUUUACCUCCAACUUUAUUUAAACCUUGUGGUGGAAAGUCCUCAUGAGAGGAGUGAAUCCGACCAGGAUGUAAAAACACUCCGGUGUCACUGAAACGAAAAGUCAGGAAUGAAAUGAUACCAAUGAUCUUUAUAAAGGCCUUAAACCCGCAGUACAAAGUGGCUUUAUAGAGCAGUUCUCAACCUCAAAUACCCCCUUAUUGAACCUAAUGCUAGUUCUGGUCCGGUGCUGGUUCUGGUCCGGUGCUGGUCUGCUAGCUCAAUGUUAAAUUCAUAACAUCUACGUGAUAAAUGGCUGAUAAAUACAUCACUCUCUGCAGUGUUAGCUGUUGUUACCAAGGUUUAUGCCAUGAUGCUACUAAUUGUUGCCUCGAUUGUAACAUCGAUGUGAGAAAUUAGUUGCUCACUAAACAGCUAAUAAACACACAGCUGGAACCAGUUCUGGCUCCGAACCAGCGGACCCAUAUUUGAUGAGAUGUGGUCUGAUCAGAUAGUUAAUCUACAGUACAGAGAGUUAUUAUGGGAUAUCAGUGUGAAACUUAACAGAAACUUUUAGUCAAUGAAAUAAUAGUUAUAUUAAAUUCCUCGGUUGAGAACCACUCUUCUACAGUUUUGGCUCUUCAUAGUUUACCACAACUUUUGCCAAGUGACGGCCAUGGAUGUAUUAACAGAGCUGGAUACGGCGCCUCCACUCCGCCCUGCUGCCCCCCAGUGGCCACUCGUGGCACUGCAACAAGUACAAGCAUUUAUUAUUAAUCCUUGUAUAAAGAAGUUUUAUAUUUAUUAAAUUCUUCCCAGAGCCCCGAAAAGCUAUUUUUAUUUCCAUGACGUCAUGCUGAUGUAAUGAAGUGGGCGGGGCCAGCAGGAGAAACACUAAUGAGCGCGUGCAGCCUGAAGUUCAGUAUCCAGUAAUGAUGCAUCCAUAGUGACAGGACCUUUUGCUGCUGACGCUUCGAUUCUGUCUGAAAUACAAUAAGCUCAUUUUAAGGUGGUUGGUUAAGUUUUCACAACUUCAGCCGACUGAAGGAAAAUCCUUCGGGUCACUUUUCAGCAUUUAAAUCUCUAAAUUUUCUAUUUUGUAAUUUCAAAUGCAAAAGUUCUCGUAUGGAAAUCUGACCGUCGGCUUCUCCUUCAGUCGUCUCUGCGGCGGUGAAACGUUUGUGUUUACCAGAGAAGAUGAAAGUUCCCCUUCGCUGUGUUGAAAGUGCAGAUUUCACCAACGCAGGAAGAAAAGAAACGAAUGUUGUAAUAAGGUACAAACUGUCAUCUCCGUGUCCUCAUCUAUAUUUAACCUCAAGACUCACUAAUUUAUUGCCUUUUUUUUUAAGUUGGCGGGAGGAAACGAACGGACACCAGUUUCCUCGUGUUGCUGCUUUGAUGUGUUGAUGUUUCACGUGUUGAUAUUCUGAUGCACAAUAUUUUUUAUUGAGGGCUGUUUGACCGACUGUACAAAUAUGUUAAAUGUGUAAAAUUAAAAGCUUGUUAAAAGAA